UGGGGCGACGGAGGGCAGAGACAGGAGGAAAGCUGACCCGGCCAACGUUCGCAGAGACCCUCCCAACCCCUGGACAGAGAUGCACAGUGUUCCAGAGCCAGGGGGAGACAGACACUGAAUCCCCGAGAGACGUGGAGGGAGGGAGAGACCCCCCAGAGACGAGAGGGAUUCUCAGAGCCAGAGCGACAAACAGAGUGGGUGAGGAAGGGACCAAGAUAGAGCUGGCGAGGGGAGGAGGAGGAGAGAGAUCAACCUAAACAUUCAGAGAGAGACCCCCCAGCCGUAGAGAGAGAGAUUGACAGAGCCCGAGAGUGGGUGUGAGAGAGGGACAGGCACGGAGAGGUACAGAAGGCGAGUGAGACAGGGAGAGAGACAGAGAUUGCCUCUCAAAGAAGAGACGCGGAGGGAGGGAGAGGCAGAGAUCCUCGAGCCAGAGCCAGAGAGACGGAGAGAGGCAGGGAAGAGGACUAGAUUCAGGCAGACAGAAGUGCAAGAAUUUAUGAGACGGGGAGGGACAGAGGGAGACUGAUUCACAGUGAGACAGACAUGGAGUGAGAGAGACACACACCAAGACCUGGGGGGGGGGGGGGUGUCACAGGAUGAGUGACAGACAUAAAUGGAGACACGCAGCGGAGAAAACAGAGAAAUAAGAACAGAAAUUCUCAGAGACAAGGAAAGGAACCCAGACCCACCCAGAGAAACGGAGGGCGCCAGGAACAGAGCGCCCAGGGAAUAGGACGCUCCCAGAGGGAGACCUAGACGUACGAAUUCGCAGAAGCCCAGAGAGAGAUAUCAAGACGCGGGUGGCAUCAAGAAAAAAAAGGCAGGAUCCUGGUUCCUGCUACGUUCCUGGGGCCAUGGCAGGCCUGGGCCCCGGCGGAGGCGAUUCAGAGGGGGGACCCCGGCCCCUGUUUUGCAGAAAGGGGGCUCUGAGGCAGAAGGUGGUCCACGAAGUCAAGAGCCACAAGUUCACCGCUCGCUUCUUCAAGCAGCCAACCUUCUGCAGCCACUGCACUGACUUCAUAUGGGGGAUUGGAAAACAGGGCCUGCAAUGCCAAGUCUGCAGUUUUGUGGUUCAUCGACGAUGCCACGAAUUUGUGACCUUCGAGUGUCCAGGCGCUGGGAAGGGCCCCCAGACAGACGAUCCCCGCAACAAGCACAAGUUCCGUCUGCACAGCUACAGCAGCCCCACCUUCUGCGACCACUGUGGCUCCCUCCUUUACGGGCUGGUGCACCAGGGCAUGAAGUGCUCCUGCUGCGAGAUGAACGUGCACCGGCGCUGUGUGCGCAGCGUGCCCUCUCUGUGCGGCGUGGACCACACGGAGCGCCGCGGGCGCCUGCAGCUGGAAAUCCGGGCUCCCACUUCGGAUGAGAUCCACGUCACGGUUGGCGAGGCCCGUAACCUCAUCCCAAUGGACCCCAAUGGUCUGUCUGAUCCCUAUGUGAAACUGAAGCUCAUCCCAGACCCCCGGAAUUUGACAAAACAGAAGACCCGGACCGUGAAAGCCACUCUAAACCCUGUGUGGAACGAGACCUUUGUGUUCAACCUGAAGCCAGGGGACGUGGAGCGCCGGCUCAGCGUGGAGGUGUGGGACUGGGACCGGACUUCCCGCAACGACUUCAUGGGUGCCAUGUCCUUUGGCGUCUCGGAGCUGCUCAAGGCGCCGGUGGACGGCUGGUACAAGUUACUGAACCAGGAGGAGGGCGAGUAUUACAAUGUGCCAGUGGCUGAUGCUGACAACUGCAGCCUCCUCCAGAAGUUUGAGGCCUGUAACUACCCGCUGGAACUGUACGAGAGGGUGCGGAUGGGUCCCUCUUCCUCUCCCAUCCCCUCCCCAUCCCCUAGUCCCACCGACUCCAAACGCUGUUUCUUCGGGGCGAGCCCUGGACGACUGCACAUCUCCGACUUCAGCUUCCUCAUGGUUUUAGGAAAAGGCAGUUUUGGGAAGGUGAUGCUGGCUGAGCGCAGGGGCUCCGACGAGCUGUAUGCCAUCAAGAUCCUGAAGAAAGACGUGAUUGUCCAGGAUGACGACGUGGACUGCACCCUGGUGGAGAAACGCGUGUUGGCCCUUGGGGGCCGAGGCCCCGGAGGCCGACCCCACUUUCUCACCCAGCUUCACUCCACCUUCCAGACCCCGGAUCGCCUGUAUUUUGUGAUGGAGUAUGUCACCGGGGGCGACUUGAUGUACCACAUUCAGCAGCUGGGCAAGUUUAAGGAGCCCCAUGCAGCGUUCUACGCGGCAGAAAUCGCCAUCGGCCUCUUCUUUCUUCACAAUCAGGGCAUCAUCUACCGGGACCUGAAAUUGGACAACGUGAUGCUGGAUGCUGAAGGACACAUCAAAAUCACUGACUUUGGCAUGUGUAAGGAGAACGUCUUCCCGGGGAGCACAACCCGCACCUUCUGUGGGACCCCAGACUACAUAGCCCCCGAGAUCAUUGCCUACCAGCCCUAUGGGAAGUCUGUGGACUGGUGGUCCUUUGGGGUUCUGCUGUAUGAGAUGUUGGCGGGACAGCCCCCCUUUGAUGGGGAGGACGAGGAGGAGCUGUUUCAGGCCAUCAUGGAACAAACUGUCACCUACCCCAAGUCGCUUUCCCGGGAAGCUGUGGCCAUCUGCAAGGGGUUCCUAACCAAGCACCCAGCAAAGCGCCUGGGCUCGGGGCCAGAUGGAGAACCCACCAUCCGAGCUCACGGCUUUUUCCGCUGGAUCGACUGGGAACGGCUCGAACGACUAGAGAUCGCGCCUCCAUUCAGACCCCGCCCGUGUGGCCGCAGCGGCGAGAACUUCGACAAGUUCUUCACGCGGGCAGCGCCAGCGUUGACCCCUCCAGACCGCCUAGUUCUAGCCAGUAUCGACCAAGCCGAUUUCCAAGGCUUCACCUAUGUCAACCCGGAUUUCGUGCACCCGGAUGCCCGCAGCCCCAUCAGCCCAGCACCUGUGCCAGUCAUGUAAUCUCACCUGCCGCCACUAGGUGUCCCCAUGGCUCCCUCCGCCGCGCCAGCCUUAGCCAUCCACCCCCCGGCCCCCACUUCACCACCCCCUUUCCAGUUCUAGAUCUUGCUCCCAAGCAUUCAGGCCUCUGCCCACCCCCACCCCCACCCCCGUCCAGGGUUCUAGAUGCCUCGCCCAAUUGUUCCUGGCAUUCUACACUCCAUACAAUCUCUAGAGUCUUACCGUGUUCUAGAUUCUGCUGCGCUGAGCCCUAGAUUCUGACGCGCCUCAGUGUUCUGGACUCUGCUCCACCAAGUUACAGAACCACCAACACCAUCCCAACUCCAGGGAGUUCUAGACUCCAUCUUAGAAUCUAUGCCUUUUUUUUUUUUUUUACACUCCCCCGCCCCCCCCGGGAAAUAGUCUCAUGGGGUGGGCUGUUCCAGACUCAGAUACCAGGACAACCCCCCCCUCCGAGGCCCCACCUACCUCCACUCCAUCCUGGAGUCAGUGGGAGGCUGUGCCCCCGUGCUCCAGUGGACCCUCUUCUACGCUCUGGGGAUCCCUGGGAUGUAUGGAGGAUUCUUCCCCCCAACUGGUCUCAGCCAGCUUUCCUCCUAGACUUCCCCACCCUAAACCCACCACUGCAUGGCCCCUCCAGUCCUGCUCGGAACUCGGCCCCCACCCCAGUGCCUGCCACUCUCGGGGAC